AUGCAGUGGAGGCGACGCCACUGCUGUGCACACACAGCUAAACUUUUGUAUCUCCUUUCACUGUUGGGUCUACUGGUCUUUCUGGUCCACCAGGUGUGGCUGCCUAGGCUAACAGGUAUGCCAUGGUGGAGAGGCCAUCCAGUGGUGUACGGAAGCGGUGGACUUCAAAACACCAAAUCCAAACUGAAUAUGAGCUCCCAACAUUCCAUUUGGAGGUUUGACAUCGGUCCUCAGCCGACUUUGAAGGCUGACGCCAACAUCAGCCUCAAUGAGAAGGAAGGCGUCUUCUCUCCUCGAGGCCCAAGUUCUGAGAACGCCCUGUCAGCUAACACAAGCCAAAGUGGAGAGGGAGAUCAUAGAGGCCUGCUAACUCAAGGGCCUUUCUCUUAUGUUAUCAAUGAGCAAGACAAAUGUGUAGAAAACAGACCCGCCCCAUUUCUGGUGUUACUGAUAGCCACUGAGGCUCGGAAAGUGGAGGCAAGGAACGCUAUACGUCAGACGUGGGGGAAUGAGAGUGUCGGUCUGACUCUGGGAAUCAUCCGUCUGUUCAUGCUGGGGAAAAAUGAGGGAGAGCUAGGACUUUUACAACAAAGGAUAAUAGAAGCAGAGAGCAAAAGGCAUCAUGAUAUUAUUCAGCAGGACUUUGAGGAUUCCUACAAAAAUCUGACAAUUAAAACAUUGAUGGGAAUGAACUGGGUGGCAAUGCACUGCCCACAGGCCAGCUAUGUCAUGAAGACGGACAGUGACAUGUUCGUCAACACUGAGUACCUCAUUUAUAAACUUCUCAGGCCAGAGCUGUUUCCCAGGAAGAGUUACUUCACAGGAAAUAACAUGAGAGGCUUUGCACCAAACCGAAAUAAAAACAGCAAAUGGUACAUGCCGCCAGAGCUGUACCCAAGCGAGAAGUACCCCACUUUCUGCUCUGGGACUGGUUACGUCUUCUCUGGAGACGUGGCGAUGAAGAUCUACCAAGCAUCGCUCAGUAUUCCACACCUGCACCUAGAGGAUGUAUAUGUGGGAAUAUGCCUAGCCAAGCUCCGGAUCGAGCCCACGCCACCGCCCAAUGAGUUCCUAUUCAACCACUGGCGGGUGUCUUACUCCAGCUGCAAGUACAGCCAUCUGAUAACAUCACAUGGGUUUCAUCCCAAUGAACUACUUAAAUACUGGCAUCACCUGCAGACCAACAAACACAAUGCCUGCAUCAACACAUUUAAAGAGAGAGAGGGCAGGAUGCACGCAGUCCAAAGGAAUGAACGAAACAAGCUCAAUAAAUGA